AUUCCUGGAAAGAGGCGCGUGCGUUUGCUAAAAACGAAAAAAAAAGGUAGAAUGAAAAAAAAAACAAGAAAAUAAAUUUCAGACUGAUCCUGAUAGAUGACACGAGUGGACCAGGAUUUCGUGUUCAUAUUCUCGGACAGCGCUGGACGAACGCGGUUUUAAUAAUAGAAGUCAAGAAUAUACAGUAAUAGGCUCUAUAUAUAGCAUAAUAUUCGUGUUACUGUGUUAACAAAAGCGCAUAAAAUACACGAGCGACAACAGCAACUAACAAUCCGUUCAGAUGCAUUUCACUGCGACUAAACAAAGAAAGUGCCUCACUUAGAACUGUGAAUUCACAAGACUCGACUGCAGUGAUAGGUAAUAGUUAAACUGGCAAGUGGUUGAAGUUUGAAUUCAUUAAUAUAUACAUAUAUACCUUACUCGAGUUUCUGUAACUGAACGCGCUCUCCUCGCUAACACGUAUUAUUACUACAUAAUUAGAGUUCCGUGUUACUGUUUCAUUGUUAUAACCCUGAACUUGACUCCAGCGAGGAAAUAAAAAACGAAUCAAAUAACAUUUCAGAAAAACUGGCUGCGGUGUUUUCUCCUGGGUGUGAGGUGAACAAGAUUUUGGAUGGGGCAUGUGCAUUGCGUCUCAAAGAUCCCGGACACUGACGCACACUCACCCGACUUACCGUACUUCAAGCGGGCUGUGGGCCACAGACAAGUCCCCGACUCAUCAACGCUCUCGCCGCCAGUGAAUCCCGCUUCUGACCCGCUGGAGCCCGGCCCGAUGGUUCUGCCUAACCUGCUCGUCAUCCCUGAGAAAUUGCUUACUGCAGCCCGCUUUAAAGACCCUAGUUUCGGCUCGCCACAGAGAGAAACCACGGAAGACCUAAUCAGGGUGGCCUCUGCCAUGACCCACCUCGAACUGUCUGGCUGGUACUGGGGUUCGAUCACUGCGGCACAAGCCAAGGAGCUUCUAAACGAGGCUGCAGAGGGGACCUUCCUGCUGAGAGACAGCUCCAACCCAGGGUACCUGCUUACCCUCUCCGUGAAGACCAGCCUGGGACCGACCCACCUCCGCAUCGAGUACUCGGGGGGGGCUUUCUGCUUCGACUCCAUGGUCGUGGCACGACCCAGGCUGCGGAAAUUCAAUGGGGUGGUGGACCUGCUUCAGCACUAUGCCCUCACCUGCCUGCGAGCCGCAAGUGCCCAGGAGGAGCGGGAAUCUGACCCGUCUUCCACAGCCACGGUGCCACCAAAAGAGACCUCCCUUCAGCUGAAACUCACCCGCCCCCUGUAUGUGGAGACCCCGAGCCUCCAGCACCUGUGCAGGGUGGCCAUUAACCAGAGCUCCCGAAACAACACGGACCUGCCUCUGCCCCCCAGGCUGAAGGGCUAUCUUCAAGAAUACCCCUUUUACCUGUAGUGAUAUCUAACAGUGGCGCCGCCCUUAUUAAGCAUGACUUAACCUUAUGUCAAAUGCUCUCUUCUGAAAAGGGGAGCCGCGCAGUCCUUGGCAGCUGGGGCUCUUCAGCACGGAUUCAAUUGAAAUGUACAGCUGCUUUGUAUGGUGCUAUUCAUCCAAGCCACCAGACAUAGGAGGACUCUUUUUAAACAGACAGGUAACAUUCAGAAGGCUGUGAAAAGUGUGAUUGCAUGUUGCCAGGAAAUAUCAUAAUUAAGUAUAGCAUUUAGGAUACAUGUACCUUUAGCUAAGGUAUUGCAACACCCUGCUACUCAAGAAACACUAAAAGGGGUCUUUGUAUUAAUAAUUCUUAGCAGUUGUUCAAGAUUAGUUUCAUAUUCCAAAUGCAUCCCACAAUCAUUCUUGUGACAUUCCUAAUACAUGGCAGGGAAGCGAAACAGACUUUAAUGACUGUUAAACGAAUGCAUUUACACAGUAAUGCAAAAAGAAUAGCGAAAAAAAAACAACUGAAAAAGAAUGCAAAAUACAAUCUACACUGAAUCCAAUCAAUUUUUUUAAAAUCAUAUUGAGAAAUAACAAACGGCACACAAAGUUGACAAAAAGAAUGCAUUAAGAAUACUAAGAGAAUUCAUAGUUGCUGCUUCAGAAUUGUUUCAGACUUUGCCCUGGCCAGAGCACAGCAUGGACCAGACUUCAAGUAUAUGUAAUCCAUUGAUCUUCUAGUAAAUAUUUUGCCUUGUGGACCAAAUUUCCUUAAAGCUCCUGAUUUUCACACACUUUACAGUGGUCUCAUAACCAGAUUGAUGAGGAGAGCAUGUUCUAGACCUGCAAGCUGACUGGGCGGUCUGGUUUGUACUGGUCUGUACUGGUUUGUACGGGUCUGUACUGGUUUGUACGGGUCUGUACUGGUUUGUACUGGUCUGUACUGGUUUGUACUGGUCUGUACUGGUUUGUACGGGUCUGUACUGGUUUGUACGGGUCUGUACUGGUUUGUACUGGUCUGUACUGGUUUGUACGGGUCUGUACUGGUUUGUACUGGUCUGUACUGGUUUGUACUGGUCUGUACUGGUUUGUACGGGUCUGUACUGGUUUGUACGGGUCUGUACUGGUUUGUACGGGUCUGUACUGGUUUGUACUGGUCUGUACUGGUUUGUACGGGUCUGUACUGGUUUGUACGGGUCUGUACUGGUUUGUACGGGUCUGUACUGGUUUGUACGGGUCUGUACUGGUUUGUACGGGUCUGUACUGGUUUGUACUGGUCUGUACUGGUUUGUACGGGUCUGUACUGGGCUUGUGGGCUUGUGGUAGUGGAAUCAUUACAUCUCGUUAAGGCAUCAAGAAGUGUUAUUAACAACGCCAUUGUGAAAUGUUUUAUGUGUCAAAUAAAAAUAUGUUUUAAAGAUCAAAA